CAUCUUUGGACACCCUGCCAAUUCUAAACAGCCCAACACUUUUGUCUUGCUUACUAACUCAGGCAGUCUUUAUAGGUCAUAGCUAAUGAGGUUGGCUCUAUUCCAUAAAGUAUUUGCUGAGUAUCUAGCAUGCACUGAGCAUGGCCUGGGGAAUAUAACAAAAAAAUGUGGGUCAUUUUCCUACCUCAAAAGAGUUUAUGAUGUCAAAGAUGUGCUGCUUCCUGAAGACCCCAUCAACUUUCUGUCUUUUCCCUGGAAGUGUAAAAUGCCACAUGUUGGAUGAGAUGAUUAUCCAGGCUCAAACUUGGGAAAUAGUCAUGCUUCUGGACCAAGUGUCAGAUAGAAGAGUUUGGACCGACCCGCACACAAGGUCAGCAUGCUGCUCCUCUGUCACGCUCUCGCUAUAGCUGUUGUCCAGAUCGUUAUCUUCUCAGAAAGCUGGGCAUUUGCCAAGAACAUCAACUUCUAUAAUGUGAGGCCUCCUCUCGACCCUACACCAUUUCCAAAUAGCUUCAAGUGCUUUACUUGUGAAAAUGCAGGGGAUAAUUAUAACUGCAAUAGAUGGGCAGAAGACAAAUGGUGUCCACAAAACACACAGUACUGUUUGACAGUUCAUCACUUUACCAGCCAUGGAAGAAGCACAUCCAUCACUAAAAAGUGCGCCUCCAGAAGUGAAUGUCAUUUUGUCGGUUGCCACCACAGCCGAGAUUCUGAACAUACGGAGUGUAGGUCUUGCUGUGAAGGAAUGAUCUGCAAUGUAGAAUUACCCACCAAUCACAGUAAUGCAGUGUUUGCCGUAAUGCACGCUCAGAGAACAUCUGGCAGCAGUGCCCCCACACCCUACCUACCAGUGCUCGCCUGGGUCUUUGUGCUUCCAUUACUGUGAUGCCACCAUUCCUAGGAGAGGCAGAGACCAGCCUCUAAAGCACAAGCCAAAAACUGUGUGAACGGCGAACUUUGGAGUGAAGAUCAAUCUUGCACUUGGUGAAGAGUGCACAUUGGACCCCAAGGCGAAAGCCAGUGGUUUGCUUUGAUAAAAUGUUCCCACAUGAGGCCACAGGACUGAGAAUGGGAAUUUGGCAGGGCCUGAGAAGAUGGUCUGACUUCCAGGCUUCCUGGUCAAAGAGAGCUACGUUUGGUCAGUUCUGCAGAGUGGAUCCUGGCAACUAGUCCCACCUGAUUAGGCCUUUAGCUGAAAGAAUUUCUUGACCUCCUUGACUGCCUCAGAGGCUGCCAGGUCAAACCCUCUUGUUUAUGUGAUUAGCUCAGAGCAUCUCUAUGAAAUCUAGCCCUUCCCCUCACGAGAAAGCAGUUUUCCCCACCAACAGACUAGUGCAUGAGAAAGGCAACUGCCACGAAGAAAACUUUCAGUUGAACUAACAUGAAAUCUAUUUGCUAAUUGUGGGGGGAAAUAAAGCUUUUAAAUUAUACAAUGUAAA